GGAAACCUCCUCCGAGACUGCAUCCCGCCACGCGCCAGCAUGUCUGGGGGCAAAUACGUAGACUCCGAGGGCCAUCUCUACACGGUUCCGGUGCGGGAACAGGGCAACAUCUACAAGCCCAAUAAUAAGGCCAUGGCAGACGAGGUGAAUGAGAAACAAGUGUACGACGCACACACCAAGGAGAUUGAUCUGGUCAACCGCGACCCCAAGCAUCUCAACGACGAUGUGGUCAAGAUUGACUUUGAAGAUGUGAUUGCAGAACCAGAAGGGACACAUAGUUUCGAUGGCAUCUGGAAGGCCAGCUUCACCACCUUCACUGUGACGAAAUACUGGUUUUACCGCUUGCUGUCUACCAUCUUCGGCAUUCCUAUGGCACUCAUCUGGGGCAUUUACUUUGCCAUUCUCUCUUUCCUACACAUCUGGGCAGUUGUUCCAUGCAUUAAGAGCUUCCUAAUUGAGAUGCAGUGUAUAAGCCGUGUCUACUCCAUCUACGUACAUACCUUCUGUGACCCACUCUUUGAAGCCAUUGGCAAAGUAUUCAGCAGUAUCCGCAUCAAUAUGCAGAAAGAAAUAUAAGUGACAUUUCAAGGAUAGAAGUAUUCCUGAUUCUUUUUUUUUCCUUUUAAUUUUCUUGGUGCCAAUAUCAAGUUUCAAGUUGCUAAUAUAGUGGUGGUUUAUCAAUGGUUUUCUUUGAUUCAGAACAAAGAAAUCACUUUCUCAGUCUUUAUUAUUUGUCUUCAUUUAUUUGAUACAACAGAGCUAUUGUAUCUAUUAUUUUUAGUGACCUAAGUUUUAAAAAUCCAUCCCACCUAUUUCUUACCUUUGUAUUUGCAUGUGGAUCAUUACUGGCUGAGAUAAUGAACAUAAUUGUUGGACAGAUAAUUUGAGAAAACUAUAAAGAACUGAAGAGAAAGUGUGAAAGAAAGGAACUAAUAACCUCAACUGUCUAAUCUAAAAUGAUGAUGUGAUAGAAAGGGAAGAAAUUCCAGCAUAUAGGUAUACCACAUAUGGGUAUGUGGGCAGAUAUGAAGUGAACUUUUUCCCACACUAUCAGAGGAGCUAGUGAGUUGCUGCCAUUCACCUCAAUAAUCCAGUGGGAUCUAGUGGUCUUUACCAAGUAAGAUAUUAUAUUCUGUAUUCACACAACCCCACUAAUGCCUUACUUUUUUGAUAUUUUAACCUAUGAUGCAUUGAAUGCCUGAAUAUUUGUGCAGAUGAAACCUAAGUGCCUUCCUAUUUUUCACAUUUUCUGUUUCUAAUAAGGUCUAACUCGUCAUUUUUCAUUAGAUCAGUAACCUCCCUAAAAUCCCAAAUUAGAAUAUCUACACUUUUUUUUUCUGACUCAGAUACAGGAUCUAGUGAAGCACAUGUCUAUACUUGAUCAUGUGGCACCAAUAAAAUGAGAUAAAGGAGGAAAAGGGGGCUGAGCCCUCUCUGGGGUAUCAGGAGUGGAAGCCCACUUUCCUUGCCUCUCAACAGCUGAAUGAGGUCAGCAUAGCUAUUCAACGUCAUUUAUUUAUCAAGAAUAAUCACACUUUCUUGAACCCAAGCUUAUCUAUCACUGGGGUGCUUUUGUGGCCCAGCACAGUGUUCCCUUUUCAGCUGAUCAGUGAGCCUCUGGGGAAGGACUGUCAGGAUGGAGGUCAUUGUGUAAGACUGUCAAGCGCUGGUUCAAGCAUGACCCUUUCUAAGUAUAUGCAACUCUUUUAUGCUGUGACACGUGCCCCUUCCCUCUACCAGGAGCCUUGGACCUAAUCCCAUUAUUAUUUUACUCAGAUAGAUCAUGGGGGAAGAGGUAAUAAGUAAUAAAAGAUUGAAGUCAUUUUGCUGAAAUAAGUUCCAAGUUCUUCUAAACUCAAACUGAGGAAUUUCACCUGUAAACCUGAGUCAUUCUGAAAGCUGCCUGGUAAAUCCAAAAGCUUCUAAUUCCUCCAGCUCAUAUUGCUGCAAUUUUAUCCUUAGGAACAACUCCAGUUAUGCGUUUGUUUUAUUUUUACUCAUUUAUCGGGACCCUUCUUGCUAUUUUUUUUCUGUUACUUUUUCCAGUUUUGCUGACACUUUAACUACCAAGCUGUUUAUUAUUUUGAUUAUUUGCAUUUAAAACAGACACUGGAGUGGACAUAGAUUUCCUUUUAGACUGUGUACAUAACCGAAAAUGUACUAUAUUGCAUACUUCUAAAACGUAAAGAUAUUUUAUCUUUAUGUGAGGAAAAAAAUCAUUUGGUAAACGGCUUUGUAAGUCAGUCUGUGAAGUGUGCAAUCCAAGACAUGUCUGUUCUGUCUAGAUGCUUCUUGCCUCAUGUAAAUCAAUUGCUGGUCCAAGAGAUUGCUGAAAUUUUAUAUGCUUGCUGAUAUCUUUUACACUUUUUUAUUCUGCACAUCCUAUAAAGAUUACAAAUCUUCACAAUAAAAGAGUUUAA